UCUCAUGAUAGUAUUUAUUUUGCUUUUUUGCCUUUGGCUUUCAUUUCUGAUAAGGGAACCUUUAAGCACUUUAAUCCUAUUGGGCAAUGCCACUUCUUUUGCCAGUUUUGCUACCGCUGAAGAAGUACUUUCCAUGGAGAGCAACCCUAAUUCUUCCUCAAGAACAGACAGAAAACUCAUUGAGAGAAACAGGAGAAAUCAAAUGAAAGCUCUCUAUUCCAAGCUCAAUUCUCUCAUACCCCAUACAAGCUCUAGGGAACCAACAUCACUGCCUGAUCAACUAGAUGUAGCUGCAAAUUACAUAAAAGGGUUACAGAUAAACUUAGAAAGAUUGAAGGAAAGGAAAGACAGCUUAAUGAGAGUAGAAAGGUCGACGAAUAAAACAAGCAGGAGCAGUAGCAGGCCAAAAUCUCCUCAAAUCCAAAUUCAUGAAAUGGGUUCUUCUUUGGAGAUUGGGUUAACAACUGCCUCCAAUCGUCAGUUCAUUUUCAAUGAGAUAAUUCGAAUUCUUCAUGAAGAAGGAGCCGAGAUUGUUAAUGCCAGUUUCUCUGUUGUUGAUGAUACUGUUUUCCAUACCAUACAUCUUACGGUAGGCAUGCUAUGAUUUCACUAAGUUCAUUACCUUUUUCCCUGUGGUGUGAGGAAUAGUAAAUUUGAGGAAUCUUUUAAUAUUUUAAAGAUUUGUUUAAUUAGAAAUUCUUGGCUUAAAUAAAAUUGUGUAGGUUGGGGAGUCUGCACCAGAUAUUUAUGGAGUGGCCAGGAUAUCUGAUAGACUAAAGAAGUUUGUCCAUGAUGCUGAUACAUAUGACAAGUGAUAGCUGCUGUAAUGGAGUAAAUAAUCUGAAUCACUCUAUCCUCUGUUUGAAUAUUGUUUGUAAAAAGCUUUUCAGAAGCCUCUCAAGCAGUGAUGGAACAUGGGGCGCCAUCGCCGCUUGCUUAUUAGCAUUUCAUGGAAUAAUGCUGCUUGGCAACCAGAUCUAUAUUGUUAUGAAUUAUGAUGUUUCCAAUUCCCAAGUUCUUUUAUUCAUAUUGCCCUUCAAAUCGCCUCUCUUAUGCAAGAAGCAAACUACCAUUAGAACCUCGUUAAAC